AUGAAUUUAUCAACGACGCUUCUUGAUGAGGUGACACCAACUACGGCAGAUGAGGAAACUGUCGUCGUUAAUCCCGAUGUUGCAUCUACAUCUGCACAAUUAAUGCCCAUAAAGGGCAUUUUAAAACGAUCCUCAUCACAUAGUCAAUUUCCUCAUAACGAUGCUAUCCAGCGAAAACUCACCGGAGAUUUUUUGGACUUUAAACAAACCUCCGAUGGAUUUGCCGAUCGACCAACUACGAAAAUCCCGAAAUUAACUCUAACCUGGUCUGAGAAAAAUGCAGUAGCUAUUUAUGGUGAUACAACAUCUGACGAAGCAACUACUGAAACAGAUGAUGUUCAAGUACCAAUAAUUACUCCAAUUUCAACGGAUCAACAUUUAUCAUCUUCAUCAUUAUCAGCACGAUCAACUCCUAAAUUAUAUGAAUAUUUGACAAAAUUUGCAGCAAAAUUUCCUUUUACUGUGCAUGCAACACAACAGAAUACAAAAUCGGUGCGGCAAACAGCGAUAUUGUACGAUGAUGAUGAAAAUGAGAAUGAAGAAGAGAUAUUGAAGAAUGAUGAGGAAGAAGAAAUACUGAAUGUUGAUAAUGAAUUUGUUGAAGUUGAUAAUGAUGAUGAUAACGAUGGUGAUAAACAGCAUGAUAAUGUUCAAUUGCAAUCAAAUGCAAAAAU